UUUGGUAUUUUUGAUCGAAAGUUUCUAGAGACCAUUUUUGGGGGAGAGGAUGGGCAUUGGCCACAGUAUCUGAGUGUCACUUUCUCAAUCAAAAGGUUUUCUCUCUCUUCUUCUUUUUUCUUUCCUCUCCUGCGCGAAACAAAACGAGAAAUUAAGAGAGAGAGAGAGAGAGAAACACACAGACACAGAGUUUAGGUUUUGCAAUAUGUAAAUCUCUCUCUCUCUGCACUUAUAUCAUAGUUUCGUUUCUCUUUCAAGACAUAAACACCCAAACUUUGCCUUGUUCUAGAUCUGGUCUUUAUUUAUAAAGCUCCACUUUUUCUCAAAGUUUGAUGCUUUUUUUUUUUUUUCUCUUCUUGCUAAGUUUUUGAUUUCUCCGUCUUCGAAAAAAAUCUCUUCUCUCGCAAAAGCGUUUUGAUUCUUCCUUUGUGUUGAGAUUUCCAUGUCUAGUAUCUGCAUUUGAUUGCCUUCGAUGCUGCAUGCAAUUCCCAAGACUCUUUCAGAUUGCUACACCGCUGUGAAUUCGUCUUCUUCUCGGCCAUUUCUUUCCGAUUUGAUAUCUGGGUUUUGUUGUAUUCGUCUCUCUGCUGCAUGUUUGGCCACUCGACCUUAGAAAAAAGGUUACUUUCGCCUCCGAUUUGAUGAAUUCUUCGUGGUCUACAACAUUUCUGGGUUGUUGAGAUUAGGGUUUCUGAUUUUGUGGGCUCAGAAUUGUGUUUUUUUUAAUCUCAAUCUGUCUUGUUUUUUUCUUUAAUAUUCCACUACAUAACUUAUGGAUUCUCAAAGGGGUAUUGUUGAAGAAGCUAAAUCUCAGUCCUUGAAUAGGCAAGGCUCUCUCUACAGCUUAACACUUGAUGAGGUUCAAAACCACUUGGGGAGUUCUGGUAAAGCAUUGGGAAGUAUGAAUCUGGAUGAGUUACUUAAGAGUGUCUGUUCUGUUGAAGCGAAUCAGCCAUCGUCCAUAGCUUUGAAUGGAGCUGCAGCAGCUCAGGAGGGUCUUUCUCGCCAGGGGAGUUUGACUUUACCACGGGAUCUUAGCAAAAAGACUGUUGAUGAGGUCUGGAAAGACAUUCAACAGAACAAGAAUGGAGGAGGUAAUGCUCAUGAGAGGAGAGAUAAGCAGCCUACGCUUGGUGAAAUGACGCUUGAAGACUUGUUGUUGAAAGCAGGAGUGGUCACUGAGACGAUCCCUGGUUCGAACCAUGAUGGUCCUGGUGUUCCUGUUGGUGGUGGUGGUAGUGCUGGUUCAGGUGCUGGUUUAGGGCAAAACAUUCCUCAAGUUGGCCCAUGGGUUCAAUAUCAUCAGCUCCCAUCAAUGCCACAGCCUCAAACGUUUAUGCCUUAUCCGGUUUCAGAUAUGCAAGCGAUGGUGUCUCAGUCUUCUUUGAUGGGUGGUUUGUCAGAUACACAAACUCCAGGAAGGAAGAGGGUAGCUUCAGGAGAAGUUGUAGAGAAGACUGUAGAGAGGAGGCAGAAGAGAAUGAUAAAGAACAGAGAGUCUGCUGCUCGUUCCCGAGCUAGAAAGCAGGCUUACACUCAUGAGCUAGAGAUCAAAGUUUCACGGUUAGAAGAAGAAAACGAAAGACUCAGGAAGCAAAAGGAGGUGGAGAGGAUCCUGCCAAGUGCACCACCGCCUGAUCCCAAGCGGCAGCUCCGACGAACAAGCUCAGCUCCUUUCUGAUCUCAAAACUCUUUUCUUUUUGUCUUGUGUCGGUUCCCUUAUAAAAAAAAAAGAGAGGAAAACAGCUUUGUUUCUUUGUACAUUCCGUAGACUUUCUUGACUUGGAGCAAUUCUGUUAACUUUCUUUGAAACAUUGUCUCGAGUUAUUUUAGUAGCAGCAGCGAUCAUUUUCAUGA